AUGUUGGAUCCUGUAAUUCCAUCACUCGGGAACCUUGGACAGUACCCCAUUUCAGAUUAUCACCUGUUCCUCAUGACCUGGAAGACCUUCCUGUGCCUCCUCUUCAUCUUCUGGCAUUUCUCUACAUCCAGUGCUCAGAAGCGUCGGCUGCCUCUCUGUUCCUGGACCUUUGUAGUUGCUGAGACAAGUAAAAAGUGGUGUGUUUUGGAAGGAGGCUUCUUAAGUUACUAUGAAAAUGAUAAAUCUACCACACCGAAUGGUACCAUUAACAUCAGUGAAGUUAUCUGCCUGGCUAUACACAAGGAAGACUUCUAUUUAAAUACUGGGCCUGUCUUUAUCUUUGAGAUCUACUUACCUUCAGAACGUGUGUUUUUAUUUGGAGCUGAAACAUCUGAAGCUCAAAGGAAAUGGACAGAGACAAUAGCCAAGCAUUUUGUUCCCUUUGUUGCUGAAAACUUAACAGAAGCAGACUAUGAUUUGAUUGGUCAACUCUUCUACAAAGAUUGCCACACCCUGGACCAGUGGAGGAAAGGCUGGUUUGCAAUGGACAAAUCUAGCUUGCGUUUUUGCCUUCAAAUGCAAGAAGCUCAGGAAGAUAGGAUGCACUUAAGAAGACUGCAAGAGCUAACAAUCAGCACAGUGGUUCAAAAUGGAGAAAAAUUGGAUGUGUUACUCUUGGUCGAAAAAGGGCGAACAUUAUACAUCCAUGGGCAUACCAAGUUGGAUUUCACAGUCUGGCAUACUGCAAUUGAAAAAGCAGCAGGUACAGAUGGUAAUGCAUUACAAGAUCAGCAGCUCAGCAAAAAUGACGUUCCCAUUAUUGUGAACAGCUGUAUAGCAUUUGUUACACAGUAUGGUUUAGGAUGCAAAUAUAUCUAUCAAAAGAAUGGUGAUCCUUUGCACAUAAGUGAACUCCUGGAGAGCUUCAAAAAGGAUGCAAGAAGCUUUAAAUUGAGGGCUGGAAAACAUCAGCUUGAAGAUGUGACCGGUGUGUUGAAAAGGUUUCUCUGUGACAUUGACGACGCCCUUCUUACUAAGGAGCUCUAUCCAUACUGGAUCUCCGCAUUAGAUACUCAAGAAGACAAGGAAAGAACUAAAAAAUACGGAGCAUUUAUACGUACUCUUCCGGGGGUCAACCGAGCAACCCUCGCAGCUAUAAUUGAACAUCUUUAUAGGGUUCAGAAAUGCUCAGAAAUCAAUCAUAUGAACGCCCAUAAUUUGGCCUUGGUCUUUUCAUCCUGUUUGUUUCAAACUAAGGGACAAACUAGUGAAGAAGUGAAUGUAAUCGAGGACCUGAUUAAUAAUUAUGUUGAAAUAUUUGAGGUUUCUCAGGCUGGAGAUUUACUAAUUGAAGUAUAUGUAGAAAGGAAGGAACCUGACUGUAGUAUUAUAAUUCGGAUAUCUCCUGUGAUGGAAGCAGAAGAAUUAACUAAUGACAUAUUAGCAAUAAAAAACAUCAUCCCUACAAAAGGUGAUAUCUGGGCCACAUUUGAAGUCAUUGAAAAUGAAGAGCUAGGUAAGUUUUUCAUGACAGGAAUUCUUCAG